UCAAGUCAUGAAAGAAAUGUGGGCUCGGAUGUGAAAACCAAUCUACGCCUCUACGUUGUUUCUGACUGAGUCGGUUAAUGAACGGUGGUGGAUGGUGGAUUAACCGUCGCUUCAUUCUGGACUAUCUGCUGGAACGGUUUGCAGCUGGAGUGGCUGUGUGCUGUGUUUGUUUAUUUUUAAACAGUAUUAAGGAUAUAAAACAAUUCGUCUGGAUGUUUUGAGCAAGAUUAACCGAGAAAUGAGCUGCAUGUCAGUCACAUCAGGGGCGAAGCAAGCAAAUGACUGGAGAGAACCAGUAACCAGGGCGAGUUGUAUUGUGUAGCUUUGCUAAAAUGGCAUUUUAAUACGGAUUUCUCCAGCUCCAGAAGCGAUAUGUAUUUAUUAAGAUUGAUGUAAACACUCGGAACGUGUGAGCUACAACAAAACACGGAUAAUUAGUAAAUAUUUUCUGUUUGUGUGUGUGUGUGGACUAACACAUCACCAGUAGUGAAGAAAAUGGACAGUGAGGUAUUCACACCUCUGCUCGAGCAAUUUCUGCUGACACCUUUAGUCGCCUGGGUGAACACUGUGGUCCAGCCAAGCCCUGGUGACCAAAGAAAGCUGUGCCAGUAUCUGGAGUUAGUGGAUGGGUACUACCUGAAUGAGGUCAUGCUGCGGAUAAAUCCUAAAGCCUCCACCCAGAGAGUGAACAAGAAAGUAAAUAAUGACCCAGUUCUGCGGGUACAGAAUCUUUCCAUUCUCAUUCAGCGCAUCAAAGCCUAUUACCAGGAGACCCUCCAGCAGCUGGUCAUGAUGCCACUACCUAAUGUGCUGGUGCUGGGCAGAACCCCACUAACUGAACACGGCCUGGCGGAGGUCAAGAAGCUGCUGCUGCUGUUGCUCGGGUGUGCCGUCCAGUGUGAGGAAAAAGAAGAGUACAUUGAAAGAAUCCAGACGCUGGAUUUUGACACAAAGGCCGCCAUCGCGUCUGAUAUUCAGGAGGUCACUCACAAUCAGGAGAACGUGCUGGACCUGCAGUGGCUUGAGGGUGGCGAGUCUCCCCCUGAGGAUCUGGACUCGUUCUCCAGAAACCUGGUCUUCCACCUCAGACGUCUGGUGGAUGAGAGAGACGAACAGCUAGAGACCAUCGUAGAGCUGACCCAGGAGAGAGACUGCGGCCAGUACCCUCCCCCCACCUCCUGCGCUCAGUCCCCCAGCGACUCCUCUAGCAUGAGGCGUACUGAAAGCAGACAGCACCUCAGUGUGGAGCUUGCAGAUGCCAAAGCCAAGAUACGACGCCUCCGUCAGGAGCUAGAAGAAAAGAGUGAGCAGCUGAUGGACUGUAGACAGGAACUGGAGAACCUGGAGAAAGACCUAAAGAGGAUUCAACAAGAGAACCUCCAGUUGCUGUCUGAUGCGCGUUCUGCCAGGGCUUACCGUGACGAGCUGGAUGCUCUGAGAGAGAAAGCCAUACGAGUGGACAAGCUGGAGAGCGAAGUGGGCCGAUACAAAGAGAGGCUUCACGACAUUGAGUUCUACAGAGCCAGAGUGGAGGAGCUUAAGGAGGACAAUCAGAUUCUACUGGAGACCAAAAGCAUGCUGGAGGAUCAGCUGGAGGGCUCCAGAUCCCGCUCAGAUAAACUGCAUGAACUAGAGAAGGAAAACCUGCAGCUCAAAGCUAACAUUCACGACAUGGAGAUGGAGCGAGACAUGGACAGGAAACGUAUCGAGGAGCUCCUGGAGGAGAACCUGGCUCUGGAGAUGGCUCAGAAGCAGAGCAUGGACGAGUCACUGCACCUCGGAUGGGAGCUCGAGCAGCUCUCCAAAACGUCGCCCGAGCUCGAGGUUCCACAGAAAUCUUUGGGGCAUGAGGUGAACGAGCUAACCUCCAGCCGUCUGCUGAAGCUUGAGAUGGAGAACCAGGCACUGCUGAAGACGGUGGAGGAGCUGAAGAGCUGCGGAGAGGGUGGUGCGCGCCUCGUCAAGGCCGAAAAGGAGAACCAGAGGCUUAGUCAGAAGCUGAAGCAAAUGGACAGCGAAUCACAAUCAGACCGGGAGAGUUUGCACAGUGCUGAAAGUCUCAGUUCAGAUCUGAUGAAGGAGAAAGCACAGCUACAGAAAACCCUGGAGACACUGAGAGAAAACUCUGAGAGACAGAUAAAGGGACUGGAGCAGGAGACUGAACACCUAAAUCAGACCAUCGCGUCUCUCAGGCAGCGCUGUCAAGUCAGCGCCGAGGCCAGGGUCAAGGACGUAGAAAAGGAGAACCGGGUACUUCACGAAUCAAUCAAAGAGACCAGCAGCAAGCUCAACAAACUGGAGUUUGAGCGCAGGCAGCUUCGCAAAGACCUGGAGUACUGCAAGGAGAAAGGAGAGAAGGCUGAGGAGCUCGAGACCGAGGUUCAUCGAUUAGAACGCGAGAACGAAAGCCUGCAGAAAAGACUCGCCAGCCUGAGCAUAACCUGCGAGAAGUUGGAGACCCUGGAGAAGGAAAACACAGAGCUGGAGACUGAAAGCAGAAGGCUGAAGAAGAAGAUCAAUGGUCUCAGGAACGUGUCCCUGCAGCUGGAGGCUUUGGAGAAGGAGAACACCCAACUGGACGAGGAAAACCUCAAGCUGCAGCGCAGUGUAGAAUCUCUGAGAUCUGCGGGAGUGAAGGUCGCCCGACUAGAGCAGGAAAACCGUGAACUCGAGAGCGAGAAGAGCCAGCUGCAGAGAAGUCUGGAGCUCCUAAAGGCCUCAUCCAAAAAGACCGAACGCCUGGAGCUCAGCUACCAGGGCCUGGACUCUGAGAACCAGAGGCUGCAGAAAGCUGUCGAGAACAGCGGGCGUAAGAUCCAGCAACUGGAAGGCGAGCUUCUGGACCUGGAGACUGAGAACCAGGGUCUGCAGAGGAGUCUAGAGGAGCUGAAAAUUUCCAGCAAGCGUUUGGAUCAGCUGGAGCAGGAGAACAAAGUUUUGGAGCAGGAAAGCUCACAGCUUGAGAAAGAAAAGAAACUGCUGGAGAAGGAGAACAAGCGACUGAAGCAGCAGGCUGAGAUCAGGGACUCGAAGCUGGACGAUGACAGUCAGCGCAUCUCUCAGCUAGAGAAAGAAAACCGCACACUCAGCAAGGAAGUGAGCACGCUUAAAGAUUCCUAUAACCGCGUCAAGGACCUCGAGAGGGACAACAAGGAGCUGAUGAAGCAGGUCACUAUUGAUAAGAAGACACUGGUUACGCUGAGAGAGGAACUGGUAAGUGAGAAACUGAAGAGUCAGCAGAUGAACAAUGACCUGGAGAAACUGACUCAUGAGCUGGAGAAGAUCGGCCUGAAUAAGGAGAGGUUACUGCAGGAUGAACAGAGCUCGGAUGACAGGUUUAAGCUUCUGGAGUCAAAGCUAGAGUCCACACUGAAAUCCUCACUGGAGAUUAAAGAAGAGAAAAUUGCUGCUCUGGAGGCCAGACUGCAGGAGUCCUCAAACCUCAACCAGCAGCUUCGACAGGAGCUCAAAACAGUAAAGAAAAACUAUGAGGCUCUGCGUCAGAGGGAAGAGGAGGAGCGCAUGAUGCACGGUUCACCCUCUAGAGGAGGCGAGAGCUCACAAAGUGUCAGCAAGUGGGAGCAGGAGAGUCACGAGGCCACUCGAGAGCUGCUCAAGGUCAAAGAUCGCCUCAUAGAGGUGGAAAGAAAUAAUGCCACUCUUCAAGCGGAGAAGCAGGCUCUGCGCACACAACUCAAGCAGCUGGAGACUCAGAGCAGUAAUCUUCAAGCUCAGAUCCUCGCCCUGCAGAGACAAGCUGCCUCACUGCAGGAGAACAACACCACCCUCCAGACCCAGAACGCCAAACUACAGGUGGAGAACUCAACACUGAGCUCACAGAGUGCAGCCUUGGUUACCCAGAAUGCUCAGCUGCAGAGCCAGCAAUGCAGUGCCGAAAACGAUCGAGACGGAGCGAUACGGGAGAAAGAGGAAAUACGUUCCACCUACGAAAUGCUGCUGAGGGAUCACGAGAAACUGGCGGCCCUUCACGAACGCCAGGCCACCGAGUACGAGGCCCUUAUCGGCAAACACGGCGGCCUGAAGAGCACACACAAGAGCCUGGAGGUGCAGCACAGAGACCUGGAGGACAGGUAUAACCAGCUGCUAAAGCAGAAGGCACAGCUGGAAGAGCUGGAGAAAGUGCUGAAAGCUGAACAGGAGAACAUGCUUUCGGAAAAUCAGAAGCACAAGGCCACUGCUGCAGAGUACCUCAAGCUUAAAGAGGAAAACGACAAGCUGAACACUACGUACCAGCAGCUGCUGACAGAUAACGAGGGCCUGCAGGCUGACCACAAGAACCUAAAGAGCCAGCUGAAUGCUGCCAAACUGGAGCAGACGCGCCUGGAGGCUGAGUUCUCUAAACUGAAGGAGCAGUACCAACAACUGGACAUCACCUCCACCAAACUCACCAACCAGUGUGAGUUGUUGAGCCAGCUUAAAGGGAAUUUGGAGGAGGAGAACCGGCACCUGCUGGACCAGAUCCAGACACUGAUGCUGCAAAACCGGACCCUGCUGGAGCAGACCAUGGAGAGCAAAGACUUGUUCCACGUGGAGCAGAGACAAUACAUAGACAAACUAAAUGAGCUGAGAAGACAAAAGGAGAAGCUGGAGGAGAAAAUCAUGGAUCAGUACAAAUUCUACGAUCCCUCACCCCCCAGAAGAAGAGGAAACUGGAUCGCUACGAAGAUGAGGAAGCUGAUCAAGCCGAAGAGCCGUGAGCGCAUGCGCUCUCUAACCCUCACCCCUUGCCGCUCCGAGUCCAGCGACGGCUUCCUGGCGGCACCUCAGGACGGUCAUGACAGCUCGUCGAUGGGCUCAGGAUCACUGGACGACCCUCUGAGCCAAAAGAGGAGCGGCACUCUGAAAAAGCUGCCCUUUAUGAGGAACAGAUCCAAGGAUAAAGACAAAGUGAAAGCCAUCUACAGGCGAUCCAUGUCCAUGAACGAUCUGCUGCAGUCCAUGGAGCUUACUGGUGCCGGUCAGUACAGCAGUACUGAUCACUUGGAGGCCCCUGAUGACCCGGUGUCUCCCAGCGGAAGCCAUCAUAUGAAGGAGCUUGCUUACUCCACCACAGCUAUUGACUACAGCACCCUCAGCAGCAAAUACAGACUAAAGAACAAAGAUAAUGUGUCCUGUGAGGACGUCACUCCCACUUUCUCAGACGAGCAAAGUGUCCGAGGCCAAGGUACAGUGAACGGCAGCGUAAGCAGACCACACAGUGAAAGCAGCGGUGAGUUCAGUCUCAGUUUGGAUGCGGAGGUUUGGUCGAGUGAAAGCAGCCCGGUGCAGAGAUCGUCUCAGCAAAUUCUAAGGAGGAGCAGCGGCUCUCACUACAACGAGUCCGGCAGCCAAGACAACCUGAGCACUGAGUCUCCACUUUUAUCAAGAGCGUCUAAUUCCGUCCAAAAGGAGCGCCCCAAGACGCGGGGCAUCCUGCGAUCAGCCAGUGGGAAGGCCGCACCCUCUGAGAACCGACCAGGCCGACCGAGCCUGCGCAAGGCGGAGAGCACCCGUGUUAAGGGCUCUACCCAGCCCAGACUAGGCCUCAGCGCUCAGGGCAAAGCGACAUCUGUGUGUGAACGCCUGGAUGCUUCUUCUUCUUCCUCUGGUCUUCCUCGAGCCAGCAGCGUCAUCUCUACAGCCGAGGGGAGCACACGCCGCUCCAGCGUCCACGACAUGCUCGCCAAGGAUGGACGCCAGCCCGUCUCCGUAGAUCCUUCACCCUCUAUGAACCAAGCUCCUCUCAACAACUCCGCGUCCAAAUCAGAAUGGACAGGAACAACAGUGAAAUCUCCAAAUCUGAAGCAAAAGAAGAAAAAAGACUUAAUAUGUGGAGCUGUGUUUUGAAUGUGUUUCCUGGAUUCAGACCUGCCACUGGUCUCCUUUUCUGUUUUUACAUAAAUACAGUUGAUGUGAAAAGAAAAAUGAUAGUAUGUGGUAUUAAGGUAUUGUGGUUAAAAAGCCAUGUUUCUGAACUCUUCAUGGAAUCAAAGACACUAAAACCGCUCCUCCCAGAUUAACAUUGGUCUUGUACUUUCUGGUCUUCAAGCUCAGAUCUGAAACAAUGUUGUUUGACGUGGGAUCAGGUCUGACAUGGGUCCGGCCCCAUGCAGGAACACUGGAUGCUAGGCAGGAAUGCAUACUGGACGGGCGGCAAUUAAUCACACUUUAGCCUCUCACUGGAAUUUAGAGCAACCAGCUGAACUUCGGCCUGUGUUUGAUUGGUGGAAGAACUGUACAGACUCUGUACAGACAGUGACCAGGGGCAAGAUUUAAAACCUGAGGUUAACCUUAGGAUUCAAAACCCUAGAAGUCCUAACCUCUAGUCACUGUUUAUGUUGAGCAUUGCAUGGUAUUUCUGUUUAUGUUUGGGUUUCCUUCAAACUCUCAUUUCCAUUUACCUCCUAAAAACAUGCAGAACUUAUGUCGGCGGCUUCAAUUUGCCCACAGGUGCGCGUGAAUGAUGAUGGUUAGUGUUACCAUGUGAUUGGUGCACUGUUCAGUGUGUAUUCCUGCUUUCCACCUAGUGUUGCUGGGAGGUGCAGAACCCACAACACCCCAAUAAAGCAAGCAGUGGUUUGAAAAGUG